UUUCCUUCAUUCGUUUUACAUUCGGCCGCCAGCUUCGGUCAUUGAGUGAUGUCGUUAGUAGAGAUGAAAAAAUGGCGGGAUUUCGUCCAUAUGAAAAGUUUCUAACAAACUUUAUUUUCUCAUUUUCAUGAACGAAACCGAAUAUUCAAGCGCGAGAAUCGGUCAUAAACUAAAUUGUAUUUAUGUUAAAAGUAAAAUUAGUGAAAGUUUCCCGAGUACGAUGUCGGUUGAUUCAAAGUGGCAGUUACCUACCUGACAUUUUUUUAAUGUGAUGUGUUGAAUGGAUGCCGGAAUUAAGUUAAAUUCGCGCCGCGGGAAUGGGUGUAUAAUCUGUGCUACUUGUUUUGGGAACUUCUGUUGAGAUGCCUUUCGUGCAGCGCGUGGUGGAUCCAAAGUUUCUCUCACGAACUAGUUUGCGAGAUGAAAACGGGAAGCCGAGGGUCACGGAUGAGGAACUCCAAGCGGUGACCAACUGUACUCUCAGUAACGCACUUCGACAGCUCGCCUCCUUGGUUCUCCUGGCUGAAGACAUCUUCAGUGAGCUCACGUCACAGCUAGAAGGAAUAACUGAGAGGUCGAAAUGUGCGCGGUCGAAGAUCGAAUGUAUCCAAGAGCUGGUGGAGAAAUAUGACCCGAAGAAAGUUCCAGUCCCGGAGGGCAGCCUGUCUGAUUUUGCGUUGCGCAAAGUUCACUACACGGCCAGCAAUCCCCUCAGAAAAGAACUUUUCACGGCAGACACGAGACCUGCAAGCUUACGAAACUUGUACGAAAAGGCUACGACCGAUCGACUCUCCGCUUCCAUACUCGACCAGCUCAGAAGAGAUUCCCAACAUUCCCCCUACCUCCUGUGUACGCCUGUGCUUAGCACUAAAAGAAGACGAAUACACCAGAAACUCAAUGUUGAAAUUGAAACUAGAAUUCCUUUAAUAGUAGAGCACCUUCGAAAAUGGACAUCGAAAGAAGCCGUGGGGGACGUAACUGCGCUGCCAGACGCGUCGAUGCGCAUCGCGAGCGGCGUGACUCUGACGCCCGACGAGCUGUCCGAGUGCGGCUCCGGCGACGACGAGCCCAUCGACCAUCGCCUGCCCAGCCCCGAGGAGCAGCUGAGGGUCAUCGCUUCCAAAUUUCCACCCGAACUUGUCGCGAUUGACACGUCCGGCAAAUUCUUCGAUAGAAUGUGCAACUCGCGAAAAUCUCUCCACAUUGAGACGAGUACCGGUGAGACGGACACGGUGAAGCGCCGCACGCGCACGAGGAAACCCCGGGGUAAAAGACGAAACACGAUUUCGGGCACUGAUCAGAAAGAGCUUAGAGAGGCUAUCGCUGGUGAUACACCAAACGCUGUGGCUUCUGAAGACAUUGAAGAUAGCACAGUCAUCCGGUCCCGGUCGAGCGAUUUGCUUAAGAAAAGCCCGACAGAUGCUAUUGCCAAGAAGAGUCAUUUUAAUAGUUUAAAACAAUGGGGCAAGAACAGAUUAAAAAUGAUGGGCAGAUCACCUAGUACAAGUAGGGACAAUUUCAGAGACUCAAAAACUGAGAAAAGUAAAGAAUUUUUAUCGAUUGCGGCCACAGAAAAUGAUCAAACUCAAGAAGGGGUGAAUAUGCGUAAAAAACGAACAGGAGAAGAAGAUAGAAGAACACACCAAAGGUGUGCGUCUUACUCGUCAUCAGAAAAGAGUAUCGGAGUUCCGACUAAUGUCCAAACAACCGCGACUAUUAGUGCUGGAGUAAAAUUACGUGGGGCGUCCACGCAAAGAAGAUCUAGACGGUCUGGCAUUGUAAGAGACGAGCCGCAUUCGUCGAGCGGCAACUGGUCGGCGAGCUCCGAAUCCGGCAGGACGAGCAUCGGCUCGGAAAUAACUACGACAACAGUGCCACCCAAAAGUUCAACAUCGGCAGCUACGUCUAACAAUUCUCUUAACUAUAACCACCAUGGCCCGCCCAGCUCGAUUAUAAGUAGAAGAAAAUUCCUUAAUACAUCCGGGUCAGGAAGUGUGACGAGUGAAGGUACACUAACUCCAGAUAUCAUUCAUGAUUUACAUGAAGAUUUAGAAACAAGUUCUGAGUUUUCUUGUGAUACGGAAGGGUAUUAUACUUCUUUCCACAUGGAUUCAGGUCUCAAAACAUUGAAAGAAGAGGAAAUGUCUCCUUCUACACCUCUGCAUACGACAACGGCACUAUCGAAUUCUUCUAACAGUCAAAACUUAUCAGCUGAAAACGAAUACGAACUUUUUGGAAAAGGAUCUACGAGUACUACCACAAGUUCAGCUGGUACUGUUUGCACGACCCUGAUGGCGGGUGAUAGUGAUAAAUCUUUGAUAAUAGGCCCCACUGUGCCUGAACGUAAAAGCUCCUUAAACAAAAUUACUCGCAGUCGGGGAAAUUUAGAACGAAGUUCAAGUUCGUCGUUUUCUAGAUCUCCGUUUACUAGUUUGAGAUAUACGGCAAUGAGAUCCUAUGCCGACAAACAAUCAUCCAACCAUUCAGCACCCGAAAUAAGUGAAGUUCCCUCAAACACAGUAACUAUUACAAAAAAUGUUGGCACUCAAAGAGAAAUUACGGCCGUCGCGGAAGUGCACACUGAAACCGAUCUUGAAAGUGCAAAGAAAAGUACAGGUACGAAUUCCCCAGACUCUGGUCAUAAUACUUCAAGCUCACCGAUAGAAGACUCAGUAUCUAGUGCCCAUGGCAAAAACAGUCUUUCCGAACAAGAUUACUCUGAAUCAUCCGAUCUCGAAGGGACAGAUAGAAUAGAAAGAAUAAGAUAUAAGACGACUAUCAACAGUUCCAGGAUUCCAUCCAUGUGUGUUAUAACUCCGACAAACUCAGAUGAUGAGAGUGAAACCAGUAAUAAAGGUUCCGAAAGAAACAGAAAACAAGAAGCUAUUACAAAGAACAAUGGAGAUUUGAUUAAAUCAUCUAGUAGGCCAAAAUUAGAUUUACCUAACGAAGAAAAGCAAAAAGAAAUAAGACCUGAUGUCAAAUCAUAUAAAUCACAAAAUCAAUACAAGUCCUCUUUACAUCCCUUCAAUAACUUUAUGUGUAGAUUAAAAGGUGUACUACCAAAUAAGCUAUCAGCGAAAAAAUCACCUGCUGCCAAAGACGCGGAAGUAGUGGAAGAUUUUUAUGAUUCCGGAGACUAUGUAACAAUUGCAGAUGUUAAGAACAACAAUCAAAAGGUCAGCUUAAGCAGAGGGAACUACGCUAAUAAUGACAUAGUUCGAAAGAAUUUACAGGCUGUUCUGUCUGGUAAACUCCCAGAAACAGAAUACGUUUCAUUGAAUGAACUUCCGAAUUGCUUAAGUGAGAGCAAAGACUAUGUAGAACAUAGUUUGGACCAUAAACAGUCUGAAGCAUCAGAAGAAAUUCAGAGAAAGGGUGCAAAGGUUACGUUAGACUCUCAAGGCCAAGUAAUUUAUUCGUCAGAUACACUAAAAAGAAGAAAAGGAGCUCAUACUACAUUCGAACCUGGACCAUUCGUUCAAGAAAUAUGCCCUACAACUACAAUCAUUCAAAGAGAAUGCGCAGAUGUUGUGAAAAUCACGGAUGAGACUGAUUUCCCGUAUGAACCUCCACCACCGUCCAGUAAACCCACAUCGCCCCAAUUGGGUAAAAUGAUUAUUAAAGCGCCGAUAGAUCCCCAUGGUGCCAUGACUAAGGAAUUUGUGACUUUGCCUCCUCCUAAACCAAGCACUAUAAUUGCCGCUACGCCUUUCACUGCUCCACCUGUUAUGAAUAAUAACAAAUUAGAUGCAGUCGCUAACAGAAAUAAAGAUCUACCGCGAGUAGUCGAAGCGAUAACAAGAACAGGUGCUUACGUAAAUAUACAUGACGCGGACGGUGUCAGCUUAUCUCCAACGAAAGAUGAUAACGCAGACUAUCGACAUUCAAUUGCUGACAAGCCUCUAUCAAAACUCCACCAUCAAAUACAAGACAAUCUUCCGUCAGUUGACUUAAACCAUCUCAACCCCACACUCCACCGAUACCAUACCGCACAUCUUCGUGGAAGACAUGGUGUUAUAAAUUAUGACAAUGAAACGGGUCCGACCCAGCCAAAAUUUUGGACGCUCCCUAAAGUUACCCCUUCGAACAACAUUGAGAAAUCUACAGUAAUAGGAGAGAAAACUUUGUGUAGCCCGACAAGACGCAGCCUUGCAGAAGCACAAUCCGAUAACAAAGUUUUUAGGCAGAAUAAUGAAGAUUCCAUAAAGAUAUCACCGAUAGAUCCGCGAACAUCAGCCACUUUCAAAUCCUCUACACCAACUAAUAAAGAAAAUAUAAUUGACUUAAGUUCCAAGCUUUUAUCACCUGUUAAAUCAACUAUGACGAACGAAGAGCUAUAUGCAGUCAUACACAAAAGUAAAAAGAAACUCAACAUCAAGGAAACUCCCGAACGAGCGGAGUCGCCAGCAUUGAGUACAGUUAACUUGUCGCCCGUUUGCUCGGAGACAUCUUUAGCUGUUAAAAGUAGCCAACGGUAUCCAGAGACUGGUUACUUAGGAGAUAGCAAAAACAGAAUAUUUUUUUCGGACGGUGACAAACAAAGCAUGGUAUUUAAUACCAUGGGGACGUUUGGCAUUCCGAAGCACGAGACUUGUGCAGACCGACAUGGACCUCUGCAACAAACGUCAAGAUUAGAUUUUAAGAAGUUGCUUUUGCAACACAGCGUCAAACUCAAUACACACAACGUACAAAGUAGAUCGAAUAAACUCUCCGCGGUAGAGCAACUCAAACUUUCUAAAGAAAAACAAGUUCCUUCUACCCCGCCUGAAAACAGAUCACAAAUUAAUAUUCUCGAUCUCAGUGGAUCGCCGAAAACUUAUUCACAUAGAAAGACAAUGAAAACGAACAACCAACCACUGUCUCCAGGUCGGACUAGCGCUUUGCUGAAGGAACAUAAAAACACUUCAAAAAUUCUGCUUUCCCCAAAAUCACAGUGGCGAUUUGCAAGCCCGCGAUCAGAUGUACUAUCUACGCCCAUACCUGAAGCAAACAAUGAGGACGAAAAUUCUAACAGUUCUGGAGAAAAGUGUGAAACAACUCCAGUAAGCCCACCGUCAAAAACAGUUCCUAUAGUGACUAAUCAACAUUUCGGGGCUAGAAGAUCCCUAAUACCGAUAAGUGAGCAUAAGAUCGAUGAAAUUCGCAGUUCAAACAUAGAUCAAGGUGUUUUUCCAUUAGGUAGCGAUUAUCCAAAUACUCAAGUUUUAUCAAGAUCGGAAAUAAUACAAGCAAAGCGAGCGGAAUUCUUUAAGAGCACUCCAGAACCGUCGCUCCCAAAAUUUACAUCUUUUAAAAGAUCCAAUUCUCCAAAUACCGAAUCAGGUCUAAGAAAUAAAAUAUCUCCUGAAAGAGGGAAAACUUCACCGACUACUUUAGAGACCGCCUUAUGAUAAAAUGUAAUUUAGGAAGACAGAUGUGUCAAAGCGGUGCUUUUUACACGUUUGUUCGUAUUAUGUACAUACUUUUAAGGAUAUGAAAUUUAGGAAGCUUUAAUCUAGUCUUUUCUUGCUUAGUGUGCCAUUUAAUUGGCACCAGUAAUAAAUUAAACCCAGUGUUCAAACUACUUCUCGUCUGUUUUUGUUUUGUAUGUUUUACAAUCGCUCUAGUGGGGCCAAUCUUAGUUUAUGAAAUUAAGAUAAUUAUAAAUUACAGUUACAAAAUAGUGUAUAAGUAUUUAUUCAGUAGUACAUUUAAGUACCUACCUACUUUUAACUAGUUCUGAUUUCGGGUUUUUAAGUUAUUAAAAAUAAAAUUUUAAAUAAACGUUUUGAACAAUU